AUGGCACAAAACGUCUACGACACCCCGUCCUUUUUUGUCGAAUAUCAAAAGCUCGCACGCUCACAACACGGCCUUGACGGCGCCCCGGAGUGGCCGACCCUACGCAACCUAGUAGGGGAUGUUCGCGAUGCGCGAGUGUUGGACCUGGGCUGCGGCUUCGGAUGGUUCUGCCGGUGGGCAAUCAAGCACGGUUCUGCCCGGGCAGCUCAUGGCAUUGAUCUCUCGGAGAACAUGUUGGCGCGCGCUCAAGCGAUGACCCCGGAUGCGGAGUUUCCAGGGAUAAGUUACCAACGCGCAGAUCUCGAGGGGCUCCGAUUGCCGACGAGAGCGUACGAUCUCGUCUACUCUUCGCUGGUGCUCCAUUACCUUCCAACGCCGUCGCUGCGGAACCUCCUGGCAGAGGUCUUCACGUGCCUAAUCCACGGUGGACGGUUCGUGUUCUCCAUCGAACAUCCUGUCCUCACAGCUCCGGCGGACGCAUCAUGGAAGCGUGAUGAAAAUGGGACGGUGUACUGGCCACUGAAUCAGUAUUGGGACGAAGGGUUGCGAGUCACGGACUGGCUGGCUCCGGGGGUGCGAAAGUACCACCGCACGGUGGAAACGUACUUGUCGCUGCUGUUGAGCACCGGAUUCGAAUUGACCGCGUAUAAGGAGUCCUGGGACGGAUUGGACCUGAAGCCUAGAUUGGAAGACACUGGCGAGGCUCAUAGACCGUACUUCCUGUUCAUUGCAGUACGCAAGCCGCCAGCCGAAUAG